CAGAAGGAUUGCUCCGGCUGAUUCCCACAAGAUUAUCCGCGUUGCAACCUGGAGAGGAAGCUCCUACUGGGACGCUGGAGUGGCUUCACCACCACCGUCCUCCCACAACAACACUCCGGUGAACCAGAAGAAGAGCACACAAUGGGGCUGUAAUGUCAGCGACGCGACGCCUGGGACCGGAGCAUCUCCUCGCAACCGCCGAGACUGUGUAUGGAUUUAAUGAUGAUGAAGAAGAAGAAAUUCAAGUUCAGGGUGGAUUUUGAGCUGGACGAGCUGUCGUCGGUCCCCAUCGUAAACGGUGUCCUCUUCUGUAAAGUCCGGCUGCUGGAUGGCGGCUUCUCCGAGGAAUCUUCACGGGAGCCGGUGCAGGCCAACUGCGUCCGAUGGAGGAAGCGCUUCUCUUUUCCGUGCAAGAUGAGCGCCAGCGCAGGAACCGGUGUGCUGGACCCCUGCAUGUGUCGCGUCUCGGUCAGAAAGGAGCUCAAGGGUGGAAAAGCUUACGCAAAGCUCGGUUUUGCAGAUCUGAAUUUAGCAGAGUUUGCCGGCUCAGGAAACACAACUCGGAGGUGUCUGCUGGAAGGCUAUGAUACCAAAAACACCCGGCAGGAUAACUCCAUUCUCAAGGUUAUCAUCGGUACGCAGCUCAUGUCAGGGGAUCCCUGUUUCAAAACGCCUCCAUCCACAGCCACGGUGAUUGGGAUCCAGAGUGAUGGAGAGAGCCUGCUGGAGGAAAGGAGGGGCGGAGACUCACAGAAAGGCUUUUCUGGUGAAAGCCGAGAAGGAAAGUGUCCCGUCAUGUCAGACGAUCUGGGAGGCUGCGGCCACUCCCGGACCUCCAGCUACGCCAGCCAGCAGUCCAAACUCUCAGGCUACAGCACAGGUCACUCACGCUCGUCCAGCAUGUCCGACUUCGGCCACCGGAGAAACCACUCCGUGGGAAGCGCGUCAACGGGAAUCGGAAGCAUCCCGGAGCCGAGCGAAGAGCGAGAGUCCAAACCCUGCCCGGCUCUGCCGGAGCACCCGGUUCCCACGGCAACCACGGGAAACCCACCGGGCACACCGGUGCGCAGUUCCUCGUCCUGCGAGCGACUGAACAGACAUCCAAUAAAACAGGACUCCAUGGAGUCUCAGCUGAAGAGAAUGGAUGACACUCGGGUGGACGCUGAUGAUGUUGUGGAAAAGAUUUUACAAAGUCAAGAUUUCACACCUAGCUUACUGGACUCCAGUGCUGAAGAGGAAGGCUUGCGUCUGUUUGUUGGGCCGGGAGGAAGCACAGCCCUGGGAAGCCAUCAUCUGCCCACCAGGGUUGGCGCCGGAGCGUACGAACAGGUGGUGAUCAAGCGUUAGCGCUGCGAAGACGGGAUGACCCUGAUCACACUUUAAACAAAUGGUUUGGGUUUGUUUCUCAGUUCCCACAGCAAACACAACACCCCUUGCUAUCAGCACUGUGUCAAGCCUGAUCACUGAUUUUUGUCAUAACCAUAGCGCCCCCUUGUGUUCAUUUAAGCCACUGUAAUUCCCCAGAUACAUUCAGGAGAGAAAGAAGUGGCAAGAUAUCAUCUAAGAUAAACACGCAGAGCUGUAGAUUAAAUAAUUUAAAUGGUUGCUUAUCAAAUCACUCCAGGAAACUGUUAUAUUUCAGUUGAAUGUUGGCAGAUCUACAUGUUUAUGCAUUUUUUUAUUAUGUCAAUGAGAGGAGAUUAAUUUCUCUUUGAGCACCUUUAAAGUGAAACGUGUUUUCGAUACAUUCCUUUAGUCUGCUUGUUUUGGACGUACUUAAGAUGGGACUUUAUCUGGAAGAUUUGCCUGCAAGCAGCUGAAGCGCUGCACUGAUAACUGUGUUUUCAAGGCGAGAAUAUUUUACUACAGAAACAUAAGAUGUAAGCUAUUUUACGUGUGAAUGCCGACAAUGAGUGGGUGACGAUGUGUGAGACUCCUGUGUUGAAUGAAUGAAGGGAUUUUAUGUAAUUCUGUGUUGACUGUCAAAGACAAAAGAGCAAAACUUGAUUUGUUUACCAAAACUGCAUAUUUUUUUAACUAUAUUUUUAGCCAUUAUUUUUUGCUCCUAAUCCAUCCAGAAAUUGAACCAAAUUUAUUUUACAUUUAGCAACUUAUUAAUAAAAAUGUUCCCACUUUGCAUCAUUAAAUGAAACUGUAGGUAAAAAUGUGAGGAUUAAUAGCUUGAAUUAAUGUGCAUUUUUGCUUAAAAGCUGUGCUUCAUCGAUCCACAGUGACCUGCAGGUCAGGGAAAUUACAAAAAAAGAAAAAUCAAAUCAAAGUUCACGUUUGACUGUUUGGCUUUUGUGAAUCUGAUUCAUAUGUUGCAGUUUGUUUGUAAACAAACCGAACGGCAAAAAAUCUAGUGAAGUGACCCACUGCCAAGCAGAAAGCGCUCAACGCUCAGAUGCAUUUAUGAGCAAACGGCAACAAUUUACAUUUAUCUCAUUUAAGAUUCACUAAUAUGGAAGAGAAUUAAGGCCAGUGAAAAAAAUACAAAUAAAAUUCUGACUUUAAACUCAGAAUUUUGACUUUUUAGAGAAAAAGUCAAAAUUCUGAGAUUCAAAUCCAAAUUCUGAGAAAAAUGUCAGAAUUCCUACUGGGAAAAAAUCAUUUCUGAGGAAAAUAAAUCUGAAUUCUGAGAUCCAAGUCAGAAUUCUUAGAAAAAGAGUCAAAAUUCCUGAAAAGAAAGUCAAUUCUGAAAUUGAAGUCUGAAUUCUGAGAUUAAAUUCAGAACUUUGAGGGGGAAAAAGUCUAAAUUUUGGGGGGGAAAAGUCUAAUUUGGUUUGUUUUUUCUAGUGGCCCUAUUUGUCUUCCGUACAUCUCACACAUGUUGAUAUUUAAAUAAAUCGUUCUCACAAUCAUUGUGAAAAAAGCCGACGUGAUCGUUUCCCAGCAGCCAGGAACUGCAAGCAGGGUUAGCCAUAAAAAUGUAAUUAUUAAAUUAACCUGGCUGAAUCAAAGAAUACGCAGGGAAAGUUGAGUGGAAGGAAAACCUAUGGUAGAAAACUGCACUAUUGAAUGAAUUUGUAUUGCAUGAAGACUGUUCAUAUCCUGUUAGGGUUCAAAGUUCAUGGCGGGAGUAUCAACAGGUCAACCGUCUAGAAAACAGGCUCUGCAGAAUCUUUGUUUUUCAUCAGAAGUGACUGCAAACCGUAGAAUAAAUGUUAAACUCAUUACAGUCAUAUCUGCACAAGCCUUUGGUGUUUUAACUAGGCCAUUUUGUGACAUGCAUGGUUAUAAUCUUCUCCGCUUUGUGGAAGUUUCCGUCAAAGCCAGGCGCAUUUUAUUCUCAUUUCUUGUUGUGCCAUCCAUUUUCACAUUGAAGGAAUAAUUGUUCACUUGUUCAUCAUCCAAAAUGUAAUUUUGUUCUCAUAAAAUGUUGUAUGAAGAAAUUCAUCAUUUUUAGUUGUUUUUUAUUUGAAGAUUUCUGG